AUGAGAACUUGUUCUCAACUAGCCUACCUGGUUAAAUAAAGGUGAAAUAAAAUAAAAAUGUGUUGAUGCUCUAGCCAACUUCUCUCUGUCUGGAUUCAUGUAUUGGUCAUGACAAGAGUUGGCUACACUGCAGGUACAGUAUGGGGCCAGCUAUUGCAAUACUGUAUAGAGAAAGUUGUAACAAUAUUAUUUUCCGUAUCUAACAGGACAGGUGUUUCUCUAUCCAAGACCUUAACACAAUCAAUCAAUGACUCAUUUGGAUGUUUCAGAUUCCUAAGAGCACUGAUAACACGCUGGGUGUCUGUGAGUCACACCGUCUGUUGGUGGAGCUCAUCUUCUUCGAGCAGGGCACAGGAGUUCCCAAGCUCAUAGGAAAGACCUUUGUCAAACUGCUGGACAUCCUCAGUAAGUCACAAAUGAACCACCUGCUGGAGCUGAGGCUCAAGCGCCAGAUCAUCUGUAAGCUGGAGAUGGAGAUGGUGAUUGCGUAUGGAUCCUUGGGUUACGGAUACUCCCACCAGUUGAAGCACCCAAMGAGAAACAUGGAGAGCCUAGUGGAGCGCUCUCUCUUCCUCCGCCGUCCACCACCGGACGACCGCAAAGACCAUCACUAUAAUGUGGUCACUCCUAAGCCAGUACCUUAUUCAGACUUUAUCGCAGCGCUGAUGUACAGAGAGACCACCAACCCAGACAACAGGACGACUUACCCCUCAAACAGCACAAUCUCCCCCAUCAUCCUGGAAUGUAUGGAGAAGAGGGGCAG